GUCCUUCCCACAGUUCAAACCACUGGCUCGGUGUAUUAGCCCGUACCCCACCUAGACCCUGCGUCUUGGGCAGUUGAAAGGCAGUUGAAAGGCAAAGCAAAUCCCUCGACGAAAUCCCCCGGCAAACUCAUCGGGCCCGUGCGAGUGCGAGUACGCUAACUAAACCAAAAGCACACAUCCCUGUGUCAAUCCCCAAAAAUUCCCAAUCCGAUUUAAACUUCCACCACCUCUGCGCAGUGCCAUCCCACCUUCCCGCUUUCCACGGCUGCUCCUCCUCCACCUCCACACACAGACACACAGACACACAGACACACGCACACACCCAACCAUGGCCACCCCACCCGCCCCCUCCUCCGCCGCACCCCCCGACCUCCUCACCCACCUCAGCACCCUCGCGGCCUCGCUCAGCAGCACGCACACCUCCCUCCCGUCCACCUCAGACAGCGCCCUGAUCUCCGCGCCACGCAACGGGAUCUCCCUCCUCGACGUCAAGAACGACGUCCUCCUCUCGUAUCUGCAGCACCUCGUCUUCCUCUCGCUGCUGCGGCUGCGCUCCGCGCCGCUGCAAGGCUCACCCGCCGUCGACGCGCUGGUCAAGCUAAGGCUGCUGCUGGAGCGCGCCGUCAGGCCGCUGGAAAUGAAGCUCAAGUAUCAGAUCGAUAAGGUCGUUGUGGCGGCGGGGAGGGGUGAGCGUGGGGAGGGCGAGGGCGAGGAUGGAGAGGAGGAGGGCGGGGAAGAAAGUGAUUCCGGCGACGAGAGCGCAGGGUCGGAAGACGAGGGUGCGGGGCGUAAGGCGCUGCUCGCCACGGCGGCCGCUACCGCGCCCGCGGAUCUGGCACACCGACCGAACCCGUCUUCGCUGCUGCGGGCUGGCGGGAAGGCUGGUGCCGCCGCCGACGACGAGAAGGCUGCGGACGGAGUCGGAGUGUACCGGCCGCCACGCAUCGCGGCCACGAGCAUGCCUACGACCGUGGGGCGCGAGAAGAAGGCGGAGCGUUUGCCGCGGGCGCACCUCCUCGACGACUUCGUCACCGACGAGCUGAGCACGGCGCCACUGGCGCAGCCGUCGAUUGGCACGACGAUCGUGGAUGGUGGUCGUGGCGGACAUAAGUCGGCGCGCGAUAAGCGGGUGGAGCAUGAGCGCCAGGAGUUCGAGGAGGCGAAUCUGGUGCGGUUGCCGAAGCCGAGCAAGAAGGAGGCUCGUGCGGGUAGGCAGAAGGGCAUGCUUGCGGCCGCGGAUAAGUUUGGUGGUGAGGAUUGGAGGGGCUUCGCGGGUGAUCUGGAUAGGAUCACCGCUAGGGUCGGAAGGAGUGGGCGCGGUGAGAAGGCGCUCGACAAGAGUAGGAAGCGGCAGAGUGGCGAGGGCGAGGGGAAGAAUAUCGGUGAGCAUUACGAGGGCAGGAAGGGCAUGGCCGCCAAGAGGAGGAAGAUGUGAGCUGUGGGCGAGAGGGAUAUCAAAAAAAAGUUGUUUUUUCGGUCUCUGGAGGAGUUACUGGAAUUUGUAUAUAAUGCUAUCAAAGACACUAUUCUGCGAGAUGGCCGUUUUGUGCUCUCGUUCUGCAGUUGAGAAUGCGAG